AUGCCGCGCGUAUCUUCUUUAUCUCAAGAGCAGCGCCGCCAAGCUGCACUUAGACGAAGCCGAUCCCAAUAUGCUCAAAAUGCGUCUGAAAUAAGGACCCGCAAUGCGCGGCACAUUGCCUUGGCCCGCGCAAGUAAUUUAGAGGUAGCAGAAGUAGCUCGCUCGCAAAAUUCCGCUGCUCGCUCUCAAAGAAGGAGAAGUGAAAGGAUUCGAGCCAGCGAACGAUUGAGGAAUACUGCCAAUCGCGCUACCUGGAGAUCGAUCGAGGAAAAUCGAGGACCCGAACGCGCACGGGACGCUGCAGCCCACGCCAGGGUCAGGUCGAAUUCGGAAGAGCGACGACGACAGCAAGUGCAGAAUACUGCAGCGCACGCAAUCACUAGGUCGGAUUCCGAGGAGCGACGACGACAGCAGGUGCAAAAUACUGCUGACCAUGCUACCUGGAGAUCGAUCGAGGAGAAUCGAGGACCUGAACGCGCUCGGGAUGCUGCAGCCCACGCCAGGGUCAGGUCGAAUUCGGAAGAGCGACGACGACAGCAAGUGCAGAAUACUGCAGCGCACGCAAUCACUAGGUCGGAUUCCGAGGAGCGACGACGACAGCAGGUGCAAAAUACUGCUGACCAUGCUACCUGGAGAUCGAUCGAGGAGAAUCGGAGACCUGAACGCGCUCGGGAUGCUGCAGCCCACGCCAGGGUCAGGUCGAAUUCGGAAGAGCGACGACGACAGCAAGUGCAGAAUACUGCAGCGCACGCAAUCACUAGGUCGGAUUCCGAGGAGCGACGACGACAGCAGGUGCAAAAUACUGCUGACCAUGCUACCUGGAGAUCGAUCGAGGAGAAUCGAGGACCCGAACGCGUUCGGGAUGCUGCAGCUCACAGGAUCACAAGGAACAACCCCAUCGCUAGGACACAGCAGCAAAGGACCAACACAGUGCAUCAUCGGGAAACUCGUCUUCAGAGGAGACUUCGGGAGCAGCAAAUUCAGGAAAUGGCUGAGGAGCGACUAUUGACUUAUAGGUCUAAUUCACAAAAUCGACAGGCGGAAUCUUCAAGGCAGUCACAGCGCAAUAUUGCUGGAAGAGCACAACUUUCGGAGGAUGAACGAGAGGAUCAACGGGAACGCCAGCGACGGAGGAGUCGAGCUACUGCGAGGGAACAAUAUCUACGUAACAUUAAGGACGGACCAACAAAGUUUUGUACGUGCUGUGGAGGAACGUGGUUUCCAUCUCAGCUGUGCGAUAUUUGGUUAGCACUGAGCUCUACAGGAAGCACAACAUAUCCUUUGACGGUGAUUGGCUCAAUCAAAUGGGUGCUGAAGAAGAGAUACCUUUCAUCGCAGAUGAAUCUGACCGAGAAGUUGUAG